AUGCAAGAAAAACAGCAGCGAUUGAAGUUAUCGUCGGAAGGGAAACGUGAUGAUUGGAUAUGUCAUCAUAAAAGUGAUCGUGAUUCAGUAUCAUUAGGUAAAAGUAUUCAUACGGACAAAUCGAAACAACAAACGGAAAACGUAAGCUUGAUCAGUGAAGACUGUCGUCAAUCUUCUCAUAAAUCAAAAAUUAAACGAUUAUCUGCUAAUAUCAGUCAAAAAAAACUUUUAGUACAUUUACCUACGAUACAUAUCCCUGAAAUGUCAGAGAAAACUUUAAAACGAUGGUGUGAAGCUCGUGAUACAUAUCUCGAUCAACAAUAUCCGCAUAGACAAAAACAUCGAAGAAUUAAACAAAAAGAGAAAACACUAAAAAAUGAAGAAAUUUCAUCUAUUUUUACGUGUGAAUCUGAACAAUUCAGUGAAACAGAUCUUCGACAUCGUUCACUUGAAAAACAACAAUCACAAAAUGUACAAAUAAUUGGUGAUCAUUUCAAAGAUGAAUGUGUUGGAACAGAAAUAAAUGAAGCAGCAUUAUUAAAUACAGAUAUCAAACGAAUUGAUCAAGCUAAUCAAGUAGAUUUACCAUUUUCUCAAUUUGAAAUACAUUCUGAUCAUGAUACAAGUAUGAUAGAAAAUGAACAAAAACAACAAAUAUUAUCUGAUCAAAAGUCUUUGGAAUAUUGUGACAAAGCCAUAGAAACAGAUUUAAUCUUAGAUGCUAUUGAAAAAGAAAACGAAUCUAUUCAUCAGAAUAUAGAAGAUAAUACAAUAAAUUCAUUAGUUGAUCCAAAUAUCAAUCAAAUUAAUGAUGAUGAUACUAAAACAAUUCUCUCAUCAACUAAAUCGAAUACUUCCGUUUAUGAACAACUUCAAAUACUACGAUUUCGUUUCAAACGAUUAUCACAAGAACGUCGUUUACUGAGCUGUAUUUUAGUUUUAUAUGUUAUUAUCAUGUGUGGUUUACUUGUAGUUAUAUUUCUUUUAUUAUGGGCAUUUCAAGGACAAUCUCCGAUUUUCUAUGAAGAAGUAACAAUGGCUGAUACUACUAGUAUUAUUAACGGAGUUGCUCGAUAUGGUGAAUCAUGUCAUAAUGAUAAUGAUUGUAAACAACCAUUUACAUGCUAUAAGAAAAGAUUAUUAUCAUCAUCAUCAUCAUCAUCAUCAUCAUCAUCAUCAUCGGGUAUUUGUCGAUGUCCAUUAAAGUAUGAUUUUGUUAACAAUCAAUGUAUUGGUGAUCUAAAUGCAUUAUGUAGAAAAGAUACUGAUUGCCAACGAUAUAUGCUUUGUUCAGGUAUGGUAGAUGGAACAAGACGUUGUCACUGUCAGACAUUAUAUAGCUAUGAUACUGAACAAAAACAAUGUUAUGGUGAUUAUCGUGCUUCAUGUCAAAGUAAUAUUGAUUGUCGAGCUAAUCUCAUAUGUAACAAAACGAUUAUUCCACCAAUGUGUUCAUGUCAACUAAAUUAUCGAUAUUAUCCAUUAGUACGUAAAUGUCGUGGUGAUCCAGGUGCUAUCUGUGAGACAGCAACUGCUGAAUGUAUUGAUAAUGCAGAAUGUCGUGAUGGUGCAUGUGAAUGUGCAUUUCAAUAUGUACCUGAUGAGAAUAAACGAUGUGUUGAUCCAUGUCCUAAAAUAGAACCAAAUCCAGUAAGAAUUCGUUAUCCAGGGAAUUGUCGGCGAUUUAUUGAUUGUCAACGAAGAUCAAAAAGUGAAUGUCCUGAAAUGACAAUAUUCAAUUUUCGUACUCAACUUUGUGAUUAUCCUAAAAAUGUGUUAGAUUGUCGAUAG